AUACUUCUCUAAUCAAAUCUAAGACAUAACCUAUCUUUAUUCCUUAUUCAUUUUCAUUCAAACUGAAAAAAAAUCAAUAUACUAUUUACACAUUGUAGUGGUAAGAAGUAAAUUAUAUUGUAACAUUUUAAGUUGGAAGUAGUUAUAUUUAAAAAAAAAUGUCCUGUUGUAAAGGUCUACAACAUAUUCGAAACUUAAAUUCUUUAUCUGCAUCAAUUACGAAACCCCACAGAUUAACUUAUGUAAGGACUUAUCCCACAGUUCUUGUUAAUCCUGACGGUUCAACUGUAACGAUAAGGUAUCCUGAACCUAGAAAAAUAAUAAAGCUGCCAAUUAAUAUUUGGGCUCUUAGUGAAGCAGAAAGGAAAGCAAUAAUAGAACAACGUAAACCGAAGAAAAAAGUUAAAUUGGAAGAUGAUUUAGAAGAUUCUUUCGAUUCUAAAAAAUAUUUAAAAUAUUUAAAGAAAAAGUAGUAUAUAUUGUACUUGUAUUAAA